AUGCCACAUUUUAAAGUUGGGGAAUAUAUGAAAAAGUGCAAAGAAGUGCGCAAUGCGGGUUUCAUGACAAAGAGAAACCUUAGAGACGCUCAAGCAGAAGUUUCUCAGUUAGAAAUGGAGCUACAGAGGAAAGAUAAACUAUUACGAGGUUUACAAGAACGAAAGAGACGCAUGGAUGCCAAGGUAUGGACUUCAUUAGUAUAUUCUUGUUUACUUAUUGUAUAGUUUUAAAGGGCAUUAUAAUAUGCAACAUGAGCAGUCGUAAUGUAUAAUUUUAUAGGUACAGUCACAGAGCAUUUACAUUUACAGGUUUUUUCUGCAGAUGAUAUGUUGUGUAUUGAAUAUACAGCUUAUUUUUAUUACUUAUAUGUACUGUAGAUUUCCAAUUUGGAAGAUGAGGUUGAUAGCUUGCCAGAGAAGUCCAGGUUUACCCAGUGUAGCAUUCUAUCAGAUAGAGCAGUGGAGAGUAGAAAGAAACAUCCUACAAGGUUUCAAAAUAAGAAAUUCUCAUCUAGUUUAUCUGUACAGAGACAGAGAAGAAAAGAAACAUUUGCUGCAGCUCAAAAAAUUCAUGGUGGAAGUGAAGAAACAGAAGUACCGGGAGCAAUAGGGAUUGUGGACACAGCAUUGGUUAAGUGUAGUCAGAGUAUUUUAGUAGAUGUAAUGUCGGUUAAUCAAAAGUACCAGGAGCAAUAG